AUGGAGGACGCAAAGAAAGAUCGAGGCUCGUGGCACGGAAAGAAGAGCAGUGUCAGCUCGACCUCCGGCUCUCGAAACAUCCUUGCUGGCAAGUUCGGAGACGCUUUCAAGAUCUUCGAGGGCAAACAUUCGACACCGGUAAUUCGGACUCCGUCUCCUCUAAAGGAACACGACCGCCGCGAUCUGACCCCCAUUGCGGGUUCCGAGGCCACCGACGGGCGAAGUGAUGACGGGCGAGCUCAGGAAGACCAGGAUGACAUGACACCCGAGAUGCGGCGUGACCUGGAGCGACAGCGACUGGCAGAGGAAGAGCGACGUGUCGAACUUGCCCAAGCCGAAUAUCGCCAGCGCAUCGCCAGCAAGCCCCCAGGUGUGACGGGACGCCCAACACCGCCGCCCAAGCCCGCCAGCGGCUCAUCAAGGGCAGUCAGCAUUCAGAACCGAGUGCAGAGCUUGCUGGACGAAGGUCAGAAAACCUCAUCGCAAGUUCAGCGUUCGGCUCAAGGGUACGGCGUCUACUCCGACGCGGCCACUGCCGCUAGUCGGGUCGACAAGCAAUUGCCGGAACUGCCACGAAAGCCAGUCACCACCAAAUUUCGGUCCACUCCCCCACCGAUCAGCUCUCAAGACAUUGUCGUCAACAAGCUGAGGCAUCCAGCUAGCGAGCCUCUGCCAAUCAACAGUCGGCCCAUGACGGGGAACAAGCCGCCGGCGCCCCGCAAGCCGGAACACCUCAACAGCGUGCCGACGGGGGGUGCCGCCGCCUCUCCGCCGAAACGGUCUCAGCUGCCAGCCAACGAGCAGCUCGUAGGCACGGACAUCCCUGGCCGCCCGGUGCUGGACAUGACGGCCAGGGAGAAGGAUGACUACGUCGAGGACUUCUCGAAGCGGUUCCCCAGCCUCAGCGCCAUCGAGAUGGUUGAGCGGGACAUAGACGCCGAGCCGCGCGAACGACCUGGGAGGUAG